AUGUCGUACAACCCGAACCAGUUCUACCACCCACCAAAUCCUGCUCUCCCGAACCCGCAACUCGUCCCUCAACCCUUCCCGACCGGCAUCCCUCCGCAACCUCUCCAGCCGCAACCGCAGUUCAACCUCGCCGCGCUUCAGCAGCAGCAACAGCAGGUUCAGGGUCCGCCGAGGAAUGGCACGCCGCAGCAGAUGUACCCGGGCAUGCCGGGAGGGAUGGUGCAUCCGCCGUUCAUGGGUGCGCCGCAGACCUUGACGCCGCAGCCUCAGCCGCCGCAAGGUUUGCCGGGCCAGCCUCAGCAGAAUCAGGUCAACAUUACCGCGAUCGAGCAGUUGCUGCGGUCGGGACAGCUCACGCCGGACCAGUUCAACGCGCUCGCCCAGCAGAUCCGAAGCCAACAGCAGCAACAAGCGCAGCGACAAGCGGCUGCUGUUUCGGCUGCCCAGGCGCAAGCUCCCGGUCUUCCUCCCUUUCUCGCCGCACCGCCUCCUCAGCAACAACCGCCACCUCAACAACCUCUUCCUCCGCCCGUCCCUCAGCCCGCUCCCGCUUCCGUGGCCGACCGCAUCCCCUUCCAGCUCCUUCAAGGCUACUUUGCGCAGCUCUCGCAACUCCGCGCGAUGCAGCAAAAGACCCUCAUGCUCCAAACCGCCGUGCAAACGGGUCUCGUACCUGCGCCCGGGCAGAACGGCGGGCAGACGCAGAUCACGCCGCAGCAGAGACCGAUGCUGGAGAAGCAGUUGGAGGAUUCGAAGAGGGCGACAGGGGCGGCGAUCCAGGCCAUGCAGGCGUUUCAGAACCAGUGGACGCCGCAGCGGAUACAGGCGGACUGGCAGUGGUACCAGUCGCAACGGCAAGGGCAGCCUCAGCCGACUCAGCAACAACCUCGCAUGCCUCAACCUCCCGCACCCGCCGCCGCUCCUCCCCCUCCUCAGCCGCAACCUCCCCAACCGAACAACCUCACCAACAUGUUCUCCUCGCCCCAGCUGACCGCCGCCGCGUUGAAUAACAACCAGCAGCUCUUGCAGCGGCAGGCGCAGGCUCAGGCGGCGAUCAACGCGGCGGGUCGGUCGACGCCUAGUCAGCAGCAGCAGCAGUUGCCGCAGCAGAUUCCACCGCCCGAUCAGCUACCGCAACAGCAGUUCGUCGGUCAGCCGCAGCAGCAGCAGCAGGCGACGCAGCCACAGCUGUCGGGACAGAUGCCGCCGCUUCACCUCCUUCAGACGCAGCUCAACCCGCAACUGUUCAUGAAGUCGCUGUUCGAGGUCAUGCGGACUCGUGGCGAGCCGAUCGAGACGACGCCUUUCGUCGACGGCAAGGAGGUCGACCUCUACCAGCUGUAUCAGGCGGUCAUGGUUGGUGGCGGAAGUCAAGCGGUCCAUCAACAGGGCGCCUGGCACCGCAUCGCCGCACAGCUCGGCUGGCCCGUCGACGCCUCCGCCAACGCUCUCCGCGACGCGCCUCCCGAGACGCAGCGCAUCUCGCUCGAGCUCGCACGGACAUACUCGAAGCUCCUCCGACCUUUCGAGGAGAUUUGGGCCAAGUCGCUCGUUAAGCAGCAGCAGCAGAUCAUGGAGGCGCAGCGGAAGGGCCAGCAGCAGCUUGCGCAGAACGUCCCCCAGCUGCCUAAUCCUCAGCAACCGCCGCCGCCUCAGCAACGACCGCCCUCGCAGAACGCCGUCCGACCACCUUCGCAGAACGCGGUUCGACCACCCUCUGCUCAACCGAGUACCCCGAGCCUCGCCGCGACGCAACUCGAGGCCUCGCGGAACCAGCUCUUGCAGCAGGCGAAGGCGGCAUCGCUCGCCGCUCAGCAGUUGCAGGCGUCGGCUCCGGCGUUGGCGGCGAAGCAGCAGCAGGCGAACACCUCUUCGCCGUCGAUCCCGCAGCAGCAGGUACCGAAAGGUGGGAUGGAGCCGGGAGCUGAGCAGAUGGAGCAGGCGAAGCAGUUUGUCGGGAUGCUCAAGGCGCAGAUCGAGGCGCAGCGACCCAAACUCAAGAGUAUCGAAAUUGCGGAAGAUCAGCGACAGUCGGUGACGGCCAUGACGAACGAGCUUGUCCCGCACGUUCGCAAGGUCGUCGAGACCCUGCCUCUAUUCUACGCGAUGACGGGCGACCAGGUGUCGACGAGGAAGAUGCUCACCUUCGCCGCAAUCUUCCAAGAUCAGAUCCGCUACAUGGCGACAAGCCAGUUCGCGCUCGACGUCACCGGCCUCACCCAGCUGCGCGACCAGUUCCAGCGGUGCUGGCAGUUCAUGCGGCAGCACGCGACGUCGAAGGGCAACGGCGCUCAGCAGCAGCAGCAGCAGGCGACGGCUUCGUCGCCGCCGAUCAAGCCUGAACAGUUUUCGACCGCUGCGCAGAAGAGCGGUAUCCGCGUCGAAGACCUCAAACCUCCGCCUGCGAAGCAUCGAAGGACCGCCUCGAGUGCGACUGCCGGCAGUCCGUCGGGGAUCCCUUCUCCUCAGACACCGCAGACGAAUGCUGCUUCGCCACCGCAGGCAGGCGCUACGCCCGCCGCAGCGCCGAAGAAGCGCAGUCGAGCCAAGAAGGACGCCGCUGCUACGGUCGCCGGAUCUUCUCCUGCCGCCGCCCCUGCCGGUUCUCCCGCUGCGACACUUGCCGCCCUUCGCUCCGACCUCAUCAAGGAUUCGCCCAGCCCGCGUGGCAUUGUCAUCCCCGCCCCUCCACCGCCUGUGGUCGAGGAGUCGCCAUCGCUGAAGCGCAAGCGAGAGGAGGAGGAGAUCGAGCGGGAUCCGGAUGCCUACAUCGAGAGGACGCUCAAGACUCUCGGUUCUGCUGCCCCCUCCUUCGACAGCUUCCUCCUGCCCGGCAUGGCGAACGGUCUCGCGCCAGGUCUCGCACUCAGCGUGGAUCCUGCGAUUCCUCCCAUCGUCAAUGACCCGACCGCGCCUCCCCUCUCCUUUGCCGUACUCUCGUCGAGCAACAACCUGCCGCCGACGUCGACCUCGCUCAAGGAGUCGUCCUUGACCGCCAACGCCGAGCCGUUCGACUUUGACCUGUACAUCGACUCAUCGGCCGCCGGUUUCGACGACGACAUCGAUGCACCUACGCCAGAUCUGAUCGGUGGAGCAGGAGCCGUAUCUGCCGCAACGCCAGCCACACCUGCCGACGCAAUUGCCGCGACGCCCAAGCACAUCCCCGCUUCGCUCGCCAAGAGCCCGAAGAAGCAGGCGUCCGGCUCAUCGCCCUCCUCGUCGUCGUCCGGGCCCUCAGCGCCCACAGACGACGCGUUCUACACGGCCAACGGCGUCAUCGUCGACGACCUCGACCAGUGGCUCAAAGGCGGCGCGCCCGGAGCCUCGAACGGCUUCUCCUCGUGGGAAGCACCCGAAAACGCCCUCGACGGAGGGUCCUCUUGGAACUUCUACUCGGUCUUCUGA